CACCAACAACAACAACAACAACUACCAACUACCAACUACCAACUUUUAAUCCAGGAUGACCCAACUACAAACAGCAAACUCAAGCAAACAAGAACAACAACAACAACAUCAGAACAACCAACCAGCCGACCUAAGCUCAAUCUAUCGAUCCCUACAACAAGAACUGCUGACCAACAAACAAGUUGUAGAAGAAAACAUACCCAACCCACUCAGCCUCAUCGCACUCAUCACUCACACCAUCCUACGAUCUCACUCAUUCACCAUCAAAAACUCAUCCGACAACCAGCUCCAAUCCAUCCUCAUCCUCAACAACCAAACUCAUUCAUCCCUCCUCAGCUACUCCCACCCCCGUAGCAGCCUCUCCUUCGAAUUUACACUCUCCAAAAUCGGAAAUCGAAUCUCGAUCGCUGGGAUUGCGGUCGAGGAUGACAGAUUAUCCACCUUGGAUCUCUCGAUUUCAGAAUAUCUCGACCCGGCCGAGUUCCCACUCACGUUAACCAAGGAGCACCAAACCAGCUCGAUCGGACUGAGAUCGACAACCCAUCUGCUCGACUUCCUCUCCCUCUUCGUCAACAAGAUCCUCAACCAUUUACUGCCCGAUCUCAUCCCACCCACCAGCCCCAACCACCGUCCACCUCCUCCCGCCUCAUCAUCCACCAGCACCUCUCAACCAUCUCAACCCGCCCCAGAACGCUUCGAGUCACCCCAGAUGAAUCUCCAGUCUUCGCACCAUCGAUCUCCGCUGGAGAUAGGCCGCUCAGACCUCGACCCGAUCGGCACAUCAAACCUGCACAUCCCCUCGCUCUAUAACGCCCCAUCUGGGGGAGAAGGCUUGCUGGGCGGUCACUCGGGCAUGCUCGUCGGCGGGAACCAUCCGAUCUUCAACCGACAACACCAGGCCCCAGGAAGGAUCGGCGGAGGAGGCGGCCUUCCCGGAGCUUCCUUGCCCCCUGGAGCUGUCCCCCCCGGGGCUCGGUUCGACCCAUUUGGCCCCGCCUUCCCUGCCACUCAACCCGGAUUCGGCCCUGACUUCGAUCCCAUGGGCGGGCUCGGGCAGGGAUUACCGCUACAAAACCCUCAUCAUGGGUUCUCUUCUGCUCGCCCAGAUUUCAAUAAUUUUCGACCUUCUGGUGGACAAGGAGGGUCCGGUUAUGAUGACAUGUUCAUGUGAUCCUUCCAUCUCAUUCUUUACAGUCAACCCUCAUCUUCAUCCUCCGCUUUUCUUCUGUAAACUUUACCAACAGCUCAGUCAGAUUAUCCUGCCCCCCCCCCAAAAAAAAAUGCUUUUACACUUAGCAAUCCCAUUCACAUUCCAUCACACUCAUACAUGUAUAUGUAUUUUGGUAUCCCAGUUUACAAUUAAUCAUUUAUAGCUUGAUAUGUUUGUAUUCAUUAGCUACUCACUAUUUUUAUCAUCCCCUACCAGAAAAAAAAAACAUAUAUAUGUGGAUGGUUAGAUGUAUAAUGCUACUCCAUUCCUAGAGCCACAA